UCCAUUAACACACUACUCCUCAGGGAAAUAUGCUUUUCUAAGACAAGGGACACCUUUAUUUCAGAUUGCACUGUCAUCUUGAUCUUCCUCCAGUUAGAGUAAGAGUUCUGCCUACAAAAGUGCUUCUCAAACUGCACUGUAAGUCAGAAACAUUUGGAGAGCCUGUUAAACAUGCAGAUUCUGGGGCUUCACCCUGAUCUGGAUUCAAAAGGUCUCAGCAAAGUCUGAAAAAUCUGCAUUUUUAACAAGUAUCCUAUGUAGUUCUGUUGUAGCCGAUCCAAGGACUAUGCCUUGAGAAACAUUGACCUAUACAAUCUUUUCUUUCCCCCUUUGCAUUAUGUUGUUUUGAAUCCUUGCAUUAUAAAUCUUUUCAGUAUCUCUCAAGUGCUUUUUGCACACCCUAAUGAGCUCCACUAAUUCCCUGGGUCUCACGACCUCUCAUUAGCCUGAAUUGGAAGAAGUUACGAUUUCUACUUUUUCUUUCUCCAGAUUCAUACCAUUCAGGCCUUCACACAUGUGCAUCUCCUUUCAAAGCAACAAUUAACUGUAUCCUUCUGGAAAGCUUCCAGUCUUUCCUAAGCCAAUCAGAUUCCCAAGAGUUUCAGAGCAGGAGCUCUUCAAGUAAAUACGUAGGGGCUGCUUCUUUCACUGAAACCUCCCUGUUACCUAGGAGAGCUCAUCUAUGACUUUGGUGCUCUCCACACUGCUCCACAGAAUGGACCAAAUACAACAAAGGACAAAGAGCUCAGUCCCUUUCGUUUAAAAUCUCAUUAGCAGCUGAAGAAAAAACAAAGUUGCCAGUAAGCAGCUAGGAUUGUCUUUUCUUGAAAAUUCACAAUUGCCUGUUGACAUGAAUUAGCCAAGUUAUCGCUGAGCCCUCAUACUACAGAGAGAAAAUAGAUAUUAAACUAUCACCUGGGAAGCCACUUAGGGAGCUUUUCAUAUGACCAAUGCCUGAGCCCUGCCCUAGACUAGGAUUUCUCAGCUUUGGCACCACUAACAUUUUGGGCUGGGUAAUUAUUUGUUGUGAAGGGCUGUCCUGUCCAUUGUAGAAUAUUUAGAAGCUUCACUGGACUCUACCCACUCUAUCCCAGUAUAACUACCCCCUCUGUUGUUACAACCAAAAAUAUCUCUAGACAUUGCCAAAUGUCCCCUGGAGGAGGAAGAACAAAAUCUCCCCCAUUUGAGACCCAUGGUCCUAUACCAAUUAGUUCAGAAUUUCUAGGUGUGAAGCCUGAUAUUCUUUAAAAGCCCCUCCCAGAUAAUUCCAGUAUACGUCCAGGGUUUAGAGCCACUGGCUUACGCAGGUAUCUGAGACUCAGUUUUCUCACCUUUAAAAUGGGUAUGACGAGGAUAUCUACUUUACAGAGUUGUUCUAAAGAUCAAAUGAGAUAGUAUGUGGUGGAAAUGUUUUAUGCAUCAUUAAAUAAAUGUAAUAUUUCUUCCACCUAUUGUGAAACACUAAUCCAGGUGUUGUCAAACUAACCCUGCAGGUCAAAUCUAAUUCAUUCUCUGCUUUCAUAUAACUUGUGAACUAAGAGUCGUUGGUACAUUUUUUCAUGGCUGGCCAAAAAUCAAAGUAAGAAUAUUUUUGGCUCAUGAAAAUUAGAUGAAUUUCAAAUUCCUGUAUCUAUAAAUAAAGUUGUAUUGAAACACAGGUAUACUCAUUUAUUUAUAGAUAGUCUGUGGAUGCUUUUACAUUUUAAGUUGCAUAGUUAUGGCAGAUAUUUUAUGGCUCACAAAGCCUAAAAUUUUUGCUAUCUAGCCCUUUAUAUUGAAAAUUUGCCCCAUCCCUUAAUCACAAUUUAAAAUAUUCAAGCUAGUUUCUUUUCCUGGCUCACAAGUCCUUUUCAAAUCUGCUUGGGAGCGCUGCCCUGCUCUCCAUAGAAAAGCUUCAAUUACGUAAGCGAUAAAUCUUUUCCUACCGUCUUGCUAUGCGUGCGGCAUCAUCAGUCCUGACAUCCAAACCAAUUUUCAGGUGGGCAUCCAUUCAUUCUCUUCAGGAUGGCCACAACACAGGCAGAGGGAGAUUUGAACAGAAGAUGGCAACAUAAUGGCUAAAGCAAGAUGCUAUACUGCUGGCUUUGAAGGAGAAGGAAGGAAUUAUGAGCCAAGGAAUAUAAGAAACUCAGCUUCGGAAUCUGGAAAAGGCAAGGAAACAGACUUUGCCCUAGGGUCUCUGGAAAGAGUGGGUCCUGCUGAUAGCUUGAUUUCUGCCCAGUGAAACUCAUUUCAGACUUCUGACCUACAGAACUAAAGAAUAAAUGCCUGUUGUUUCAAAUAACCAAAUUUGUAGUAGUUUGUAACAGCAACCUAGGAAACUAAUAUAGUGUGUAAGACUACUGUUGCCUUAGCACAAAUUGAGGCAGUGGCACAAAAUAGUACUAGUAGGCAUUGUGCUUGUUACCACCAUAUGCUGUUUUAUUAAAAACGUCAGUUGCACUUGUCUUACAUGGAGCAGUGAAAAGUAUUCAUGUUAGAAAUAUUGACCCUUGAGAACAUGGUCUUUAAAUAUUUUGUAUGACAAAUGGAAAAUAUGCAUAAAGCACUUCUGCUACAUCUUGAAGUAUAAUCGUUGCCUCAAAGACAAACACUUGUGCAAUUUAAAAGCAACACUUUUCAUGAAACACCAUUUGUAGUGAAAAGAAUUACUGACAGACAAACUUUGGUUAUUCAGACUUGCGUUUUUGGCAGAUGUUUCUCUAAAAUUAACAAAGUGAGCCUGUCACUUCAAGGAAACCAACUGACAGCAUUAUUUGUCAAUUACAAAAUCAAGUUUGCACGUAAAAUUUGAGUUUUACAAAACUUGUAGUAGAUACUAUUUAAUCCAGGGCCUGGUAGCUGGACUUAUUCUCUCCUUUUGAAUCAGAGGCUGCUGCUGUAAAUAUGCUCUACCAUAUCCUCAAUCAAGCCAAGAAGCAACUGAGCAUGAUUCUCCUCUUUGAGCUUAUUGGAGAUGGAGGUACUGGAGUAGCACUCUAUGUCUUGCAUCCAGCAUGGUUCAAUCCAGAUGUUACAUGGGACAGAAAGAAUAACCCAGAACCCGGGAACAAACUGGGUCCCAGUAAUCAAUACAAGUUCUACUCAGUUAAUGUGGAUUACAGCAAACCAAAGAAAGAAGGUCUUGUAAAACUGCUUUGGAAUGAAGGUCUUCUAGAAGCCAUCUCCACAAUUGUCCACUUAACUAAGAAAUUUUUAUUCCCUAAAUGCAUGAAAUCAUGUUGAUGUAUUGUGUUGGAGGUUACACUCAUUCAUAAAUAUUUGAAACUUAGAAAAAAAGAAAACUUGUGUCUGCCACCAUAAGCUUUACAGCUUUCUGAAAUAUAAAUACUUUCCUGAUAAGAUCAAUUGUGAUAGUAACAAAUGUAAUAUUUUUAGUAUUGUGCCACAAAAUAUGUCAAUAUUUGAAAAGGUCUGCAUAGCCCAGUGAAGCAAUAUUUUUAAAAUAAUCAAUGCAUGAUGCUACAAAAUCAUGUAUAGGUAAAAAUUCCAUUCCAGGUGAGCAUAGGCAAAUGGAUUUUUCAUAUAUGAAAACACAAACAGUUCAUUGAUACAGUUUCAGUUUGUAUAUUGGAACUAACCUCCAAGAAACUUCCAAUUUGAGAUGCUAGUCACCACCUGCGGAAGUUUGGCUUACAGACCCGACUCAACAGUGGAUGAAUGAAUGCACUCUUACACCAUUACAGUGAUACAAGUGGGCUAGGGAUGACUGUUGGCUGCUUUCAGAGAGCAAAAUGCAACCAAUCGACCAAGACACUCUGUCCAUCCACACAUUUAUUCCAUCAAGAUUUUUUUCUUCUUCUUCAUUUUAUUUUUUUUUCUUUUUCCAUCAAGAUUUUACAACAGCGGUUCUAAGUUAGCACACUUGUAGAUAAUUAACAUGGUUAAAAGAGUGGUUAUACUAAUGAUAAAAGCUUUAGGCUCCAGGCCCAGAGUAAACACUAUUAACAGGUAAUUCCUCUUUGAUCUCCCCCUGAGAGGGCUACAGCACAAAAUUAACAUGAGUAAACAGAGUAGAGACAAAGGGAUGUGGGAUAAACAGACUUAAAAUGGGAAAGCCUCGUCCCUAUCCUCUCCCUAACUUGAUGGACCUGCCGCCUUCGCCCUGUCCCAAUAAAAUCUUUUGGCCUUCCAAAAGGUUUGAGACUAUUCUAUAACUUUUCCUAAUAUAUCAUUAAUAUUUUGCCAGCCACCCUGAGUGAAUAUCAACACCAAUUGUCCAAUUCUGGCAUAAUAUCAAAAACCAUCCACAAUUCUCUGCAUAGACUCCUUAAGAAGUCCUGUCUUUUCCAACUACAUGUAUGUGUGAGAAAGGACUUUCUAAAUUUCACCCAGAACAAUAUAUCACAGCAGAGUGAAUGCAGAAACAGAUAAGAGAAUCCAGCUCUUUCCUAUUAAGACAGAAUUCAAAGAGAUUUGCAAAAAAUAUAAGCCCACAUUACUUUUCUCACUAAAUUUUUUUGCUUUGAAAAAUA